ACCCCGGUCCUGUGGGAGUACUGUACGGAACCCACUGUAUGGACCUCUGCGGGCACCUGCAGGGAGCCCCAGGGCUGGGAACCUGUGCGCUGUCUCCUGGCCUCCCCGCCGCCUUUGGGGCGUCCGAGCUCUGGGGCCCUCUGGGGCUGGGCGCCCGGCUCCGCCCUCGGGCCUCAGUACCUACGUUUCCGCCGCAGGCGCGCCGUGAACUGGCAGGCCCUCCCGGCACUGAUCCGGAACACUUUGUGCCGCCCCGCCGCCGGCUCCGCCCUGCCGGCCGGCGGCGCGGUCCUCUGGACUGGGGCCGCCGUGCACCGAGCGCGCUGCCAUGGGGCUCCCAAGAGCUUGUCCUCGGUUCCCGGAGCUCUUGGCCUUCGGGCUGGGCGUCCAAACGUGCGGCCCCCCGCGCGUAAUCAAAUGGUUCCUAAAGAUGCUGUGGCCCAUUUAAAAACAAAGCCCAAUUAUUAGCGCUCAGUGGCUGUUUCUGCCGGGCCAGUGUCAGAUCCCCCAGCGCUGAUGACAAUCAGGGAGACUUAGUUGGAUCUGUUUGGAGCCAUCUGACCUGUCUGGAGACCACCCCACCUCUCGCCCCAGCUCGUUCUUUCCCUGGCUGCAGAGCGCAGGCAAAUCGCCGGGCUCCGUCUCCCAUUCCGUGAAAUGGGGACUGCUGCGUGCUUGGUGACCGCGUGCAGAGCGGUGGGUUAGAGGCGGCAGUGCUGUUAUCUAUCCCGCGCCUCCUGAACCCUACCUUCCCGCCGCGCCUGCUCGGCCCCGGCCCGGAGCGCCCGGGCGGCACGCGCGUCGCUGGCUCCUAAGUGCGUCACGGGCAUCGGCGCGCCGCUCAGCUGGCCAGGGCGAGGCUGGCUCGGGGCCAGCGCAGGCCGAGCCACAGGCGUGCGGGGCCGUCUCCCGGGCUGGAAACCGGGCGUGGAAGGCGCUCGAGUUGCGCAGAGCGGGAGCGCGGCUGGGGGCGCCCUCCGCCGGGACAGGCCCCGCGCCCGCGACAGCCUAGGGAGCUUCCCGGAUCGCGAGGGCUACGCUCUCCCCACCGCUCACUCGCUGUUCCUGCGCUGCUGCCGCGGAGAUUUCCUCCCCGGGAAACUACGCGGAUCCUUCCCGGGGCUCCUCGCCCCGCCCCAGGUCUCCGCCCCCUCCCCUUUGCGGGGGAUCCCGAGCUGGGCCGAGCUGGGGACCAGGUUCUAGUACCCUGGGCCCGAGGCGGCGGGGACUGCGGAGCCGCUGGCCACGGACCCUGCCCGCCAUGUGACGCCGCCCUCCUCCCCGCGACCCCGCACGCUCCGGACCCGCGGCGCGCCGCGCCGAGCACCAUGCUCCUGCCGGGACACGCGCGCCCGCCGUCAGCGUCCCAGCCCGCGCAGCAUCCCGGCCUCCGCAGGCAGGUAGACCUGCCGGGGCAACUCCUGCGCCUCUUCUACUGCACGGUGCUGGUCUGCUCCAAAGAGAUCGCAGCGCUUACGGACUUCUCCGGUUACCUAACCAAACUCCUGCAAAACCACACUGCCUAUGCCUGUGAUGGGGACCAUUUGAAUCUCCAGUGCCCUCGGCAUUCUACGAUAAGUGUCCAAUCAGCAUUUUAUGGGCAAGAUUACCAAAUGUGUAGCUCUCAUCAGCCUGAAUCCCAGAGGGAAGACAGCUUAAACUGUGUGGCAUCCACCACCUUGCAGAAGGUGCUGGAUGAGUGCCAGAACCAGCGGGCCUGCCACCUCCUGGUCAAUAGCCGUGUCUUUGGACCUGACCUUUGUCCAGGAAGCAGUAAAUACCUCCUGGUCUCCUUUAAGUGCCAACCUAAUGAAUUAAAAAACAAAACCGUGUGUGAGGACCAGGAGCUGAAGCUGCACUGCCACGAGUCCAAGUUUCUCAACAUCUACUCCGCGACCUACGGCAGGAGGAUGCAGGAGAGGGACGUGUGUUCCUCCGAAGCAGAGAGGCUGCCCCCUUUUGACUGCUUGUCUUACUCAGCUUUACAAGUACUGUCCAGAAGGUGCUAUGGGAAGCAGAGAUGCAAAAUCCUUGUCAACAAUUACCACUUCGGAAGCCCCUGUCUGCCAAGAGUGAAAAAAUACCUCACUGUUACCUAUGCAUGUGUUCCCAAGAACAUACUCGCAGCAAUUGAUCCAGCCAUUGCUAAUCUGAAGCCUACUUUGAAGCAGGAAGAUGGUGAACAUGGUAUAAACUUUGACCCAAGCGAAUCGAGAGUUCUGCAGAAAGAUGGAGUUAUUGUUAGCAACUCCCUGGCAGCGUUUGCUUACAUUAGAGCCCACCCUGAGAGAGCCGCUCUGCUAUUUGUGUCCAGCGUCUGCAUCGGCCUGGCCCUCACAUUGUGUGCCUUAGUCAUCAGAGUGUCCUGCACCAAAGACUUCCGGGAGCUGCAGCUGGGAAGGGAGCACCUGGUGCCAGGAAGUGACAAGGCUGAGGAGGACAGUGAGGAUGACGGGCAGGAGGAGGACUCCUCUGACUCUGAAUUUCCAGGGGAACUACCAGGGUUACGUAGGACUUCGUAUCCAGCCUACAGUUCCAUAGAGGCUGCAGAGCUGGCAGAAAGGAUUGAGCGCAGGGAGCAAAUCAUUCAGGAAAUAUGGAUGAACAGUGGUCUGGACACCUCACCUCCGAGAAACAUGGGCCAGUUCUACUGACAACCAGGUGCAUCUUCACGUGAUCACACUUUCUGAAGAGGGAAGGAUCCAUGUCCCUCCAGGUCUGUUUCACUUGUACCUUCUAUGAAGGAGAGUUUGUCAUGUCACCCAAGACUGGUGAAGCCAGAAAGCUGUCAGAGGGACAUUUCAAACUGUUUACAGCACAUCCCAAAAUAAAUUAAGAGAGAAGAA